AUGCUUACGAACGUAUCCUCACUUGCAUCUUUCAAUAGAUUCGUCAGUGUUAUUGUUGAUGGAAAAUCAUUCGAAGCUUUCCCCACAGAAAGUAUCCUCGAUUUUUUCAAUCGCAAUGAAAUCUCUCUUCCACAAUCACUCCAAGGAAAGAAUAUCGUUCAACUCGGCACUGUCGUUGCCGAUCCAAAGAAGGGGUUAACUCUUGUUGAUUACAUUGCUGAAGGUUUAGUAAUCAAUACAAAAGAUUUAGUUUUCAAGGAGCCCAAGACAAGAGAUGGUGCUGACUCUAUUGAUAACAUCACUCUCUGGAGAAGAGCCAUGAAAAUUAAUACAACACGUAAAGUUGCAGUUGUUGAUAUUACCCUUUGCCAUUUGAUUGAGAAGGAACUUAAGCUCCCAGAAGGAUCAAUGACAUACGACAAGCUUGCUAUUCUUCUUAAGAAUAUGGGAUUUGAUUAUCUUCUUGAUCAAGGACUUAUUACUGACUACAAGAUCGUUAAAGACGCUGCUCGUAUUCAUUCUCAUCAUUCCCAAGGUUUCCAGCAGACAAUUGGCUCAUUCAACCCAGCAAUUACUCGUAAGAUUCUCGAAUACCCUCCAACACCAGCUGAGAAGGUCGUUGAGUUCCUUACAUCACCAGAACUUGAUGUUACAACAUUCGUCAUUACAGAUUCCGUCGCAAGACGUGAAGAAGGUACAUUUUACAUGAAUAACCCAGAUAUCUAUCUUUCCGUUGGUGUAACAACCCAGGAGUUCCUUAAAAUCCUCAAGGAAGACAAUCCAUCGCUAAAAGGCCAGCCAUGUGAAGUAUUUCCACUUGGAUCUGCACAAGGCGCUUGGUCAGUUACUUCCGAGAGAUUCGCUCAGUCCGUCGUAUCUACAUUCGGAAAGAACUUCGUUGCAAUGAGAGUUCCUGACUUAGAAUUCAAAAAUGUUACAGAUGGAAUCAAAAUUGCUGAAUUUCCAGUUGUUGACGACAUCAAGGCACAAGUUGCAACAAUCGAUGCUCUCAAAGACUUGGACAAACUCUACGACUUAAAUUACAAGAAUCUUAUUUACAUUUCUCCUUCUGAGAAGAAGAGCAAAACAUUGAUUGACGCUUUACCUGCCAUUGACCACGAAUCUACAAAGAGACACAUUAAAUUGGCCCAACAGAACCCAGAAGCUGUCAGUCUUUGGCAUAAGUUCUUGAAGGAGAUCGAUGAUGAGAAGUUCAUCAAGAAGAAAAAGGAAGAAGAUUAA